AGCAUCGGGCGCACGUGUCGAUCGCGUAGGGCCUCCCCCCAUCAAUCCGCUGUCUGUGAUUGUGUGUGUGUGUGGCUACGCAGUUUUUGGUUCCCCUUGUGUGCGAAAGAGAGAGAACUAGUCGCGAUCACCGGGCCAAGAUCCUCGAGGCGCCGGCCGAGAUUCCCGCGAUCCUCGAUCGCGAUCGGCAGUCAUCGAACGGACGGCCUACCGUACGCAUCAUCGUUCGUGGUGGUUUCUCUUUCGGUGUGUGUGUGUGUGCGCGAGUAGACGUGUCGCGUUUUCCGGCAGUUCCGCAGUUUUUGGACGACGGUAAAUAAACGGGACCAAAAGCGAACCGAACGGCCCCAAAAAUUAUUUGCACGCCCCGCGAGAGUGAGUGAGUUGAGAUGCCGCCACAAAACUCGAUCGAGUUGACGACCAAACCGGACGCGGAUGGCGCCAACGGUAAGCUGCUGCCUGCAGCCGACACCACCGCCACCAAUGGCACGGCCACCGUGAAGGGUGACGAGCCGCCCCCAACGACGACCCUGAUCGUACCGCCGGACGGUGGCUGGGGCUGGCUCGUCAUGGUGGCGUCCUUCUUCUGUAACGUCGUCGUCGACGGGAUCGUCAUGAACGUGGGCAGCUUCCUCGGUCCGAUUCGGCACGAGUUUGGCGUGAGCGAAGCGGAAGUGGCCCUCGUGAGUUCACUGCUGAGUGGCUUCUACCUGCUGACCGGCCCGUUCGUUAGCGCCCUGGCCAACCGGUGGGGCUUCCGGAUCGUCACGAUCAUCGGUGCGCUGGUGGCCGCGUUCGGGUUCUUCAUCUCCCAGUACGCCACCAGCGUAUUGUACCUGUACGUGACGUUCGGAUUCAUCGGAGGCGUCGGCUUCUGCUUCAUCUACGUCCCGUCCGUCAUCACGGUGGGCUACUAUUUCGAGAAGUGGCGCGCCGUAGCGACCGGAAUCGCCCUGUGUGGGUCCGGUGUCGGCACGUUUAUCUUUGCGCCGCUGAACGCGAUGCUUAUCGAGUCGCUCGGUUGGCGCGGUGCGUUGGCCGCUCAGGCUGGCAUCGUCCUGUCGUGCAUCGCGUUCGGGGCUAUCUUCCGACCGAUCCAGCCGACCGAGGUGACCGUUACGAAGGACGAGGAUACACCGGCCGAGAAGGGCAUCCGGUUGGGUGAGGGGCUGCCGGUGGUGUACACCAGGCCACUGCCCGAGGGCCGCUACGCCUACUCGAUGCCAAACAGUUCGCACAACACGUGGAUGGGAGCGAACCCGAACUAUCAGUACCCGACGGCGGCCGAGAUCUUCCGCCAGGGGAGUGGCCACAACCUGGACCGACGGCCUUCGCACACCUCCGGCCAGCUGGUUAGCCACAACCUGCAGAGCACGACGAAGAAGCUGGAGAAGAUCCAGAAGCGGCUCGCCGGCCAGAUGACGCCGGAUGAUACGAUCCACGCGCACGGAUUCGCCACGGCCCACCACGAGCUGAACCCCGUCGGGGAGGCGGACGAGGAGGAGACGGAGAAUGGCACGCUGCUGGCGGUGCCGGCCGAGCAGGCCACCAUUACCGUGACGACGGCCUCGGCCCGCCGCCACACCGUUUCCGGUCGCCGGCCAAACGAGGCGGCUGGCUCCCGGCAUGGAUCCCGCCGAACACUCAACGACGGGGCCCGGCCGAUGUAUCGGGAUGACAUCUUCUUCACCGGCUCGCUGGCCCGCAUCCCGCAGUACCGCUCGCAGACCUCGCUCGGGUACCACAUGUCCGUAACCCAUUUGCCCACGAAGGCCGACGUCGAGGAGGAGGUGGAGGAGCAGUGCAUGAUGUGCCCAGAAGCGGUUCGCCGAACGCUCGCCACGAUGCUCGACAUGUCGCUGCUCAAGUCGCCCUCCUUCAUGAUGCUCGCCUUCAGUGGGUUCCUCACGAUGAUGGGCUUUUUCGUGCCGUUCCUCUACGUGCGGCAGCGGGCCGUGGCCGGCGGGAUGCCGGAGGACGUGUCCACCUUCAUUGUGUCCGCCAUCGGUAUCUCCAAUACAAUCGCUAGGGUCGUCUGCGGACUGCUGACUUCGUUCAAAAACGUUAACGCGCUCCACCUCAACAAUGUGGCCAUUACGCUCGGCGGCAUUGCGACGAUGGUGAGCGGUAUCUACGUCACCGAAGCGUUCCAGUUUACCUACGCCGGCGUUUUCGGGAUCGCCAUCGCAUGCUUCUCGGCGUUGCGUUCCAUUCUGGUGGUCGAUCUGAUGGGACUGGAGAAGCUGACCAACGCCUUCGGAAUACUGUGCCUGUUCCAGGGCAUUGCCGCCUUCCUGGGGGCUCCCAUUGCAGGAUAUUUCACCGAGCUGACCGGGUCGUACAAUGCUUCGUUCUACAUCUGUGGUGCUCUCAUUACACUGUCUGCCGUACUCUGCUACCCGCUGAGCGCCGUCAAUCGGUGGGAGAAGCAGCGAGCCGCCAAAAUGGACUCCCAGAAAGUUUAGGGGAGCAGCACAGCACCUCGAAUGGGGUCUGUGGCAGCUGGAUCACCUUGAAGACCCCCCAAACCACGCUGGUAGUUCUACAUUUAAUUUUGCUUUCCUUUAAAUUUAUGAAGGCGCCUCGAAGCAAAGGGCCGUCAGCCAGAUAGCUUUUACACACGUGUAGCUUUGCUCAAAGGAACGUUUUGCUGCUGCUAUGUACUGUUCCGAGCGCCUAAUAAGUAGAACGAAUGGGCAUCGAGUGUCUUCGAAGGACCAACUUUAACGUUAAGCACGUAGCAAGUAAGCUUAUUAUUGUGGAAAUUAUGAUUUAUUUGUUUGUCGAAUCCUCGAACUUUUGGCUACAACUUGCCGGAGGAUUACUAGCCCUACAACGUAACCGUCGAAUACGCAAUACGCAGACUGAAACGUCCCUCCUCAAGGUCUAUCUCACUGGCAACACUGGAUUCGUACUGGAAAGACUAAAGUACUAUAAAGAAACACUAGAAUAACACCGCACUUAGCAGUUCCUCCCUUUGCCAUAUCGAAAGCCAGACUUACGAAACGAAAGACAGCCAUUUGGCCUUUGGUACCUCACACAAAAAAGAAACCGUUGACACAACAUCCUUUUUUGAUUAGCCGCCUCGACGCUAGAGAAAAGGAUGAAAGUUGCAACGAAGAGAGCAAUGUUAGGAAUUGAGGUUAAAAUAAUUUGAGCAACAAUUAGCCCCCCAAAAAGAGGAAGAAGCAAAAAACAAUAAGAGAAUAAAUUAUCUGUGAUAUCAGCAUAUAUAUAUUAAACACUUUUUUAAGCAUAUGUUGUUGAUAUUAGCAAACGUUCUGCAGUCUCCUUCCGGAAGGAGGACUGGUUCCGGCUUUACACCCAAAACAAGGCGCACCAAUAGACCAAUAGACCAAGAAAGGACAUAAAACUGAACCGCGAAACA